GGGCUGGCGGCCGCCAUGGCCCCGGGAGCGGCGGCGCUGGCCCCGGCCCCGGCCGCGGUCCCGGUGCCGGCCCUGGUCCUGCUGGUGCUGGCGGCCGCCGCCCGCCCCGCCGCCGCCUCCUGGGACCUGCGGGCGCUGCGCUGCGGCUUCUCGGACGACUGCGAGUGCGGCUUCGGGCCCGACCUGCGCGGUCUGGAGUGCGAGCUGGCCGUGAGCUUGGUGGGGCAGCCGCUGGCGAGGCAGCAGGUGGUGAGGGCGGUGAGGCAGUUCCUGGCGGAGCAGAACCCGGUGAAGCCGCUGGUGAUGUCCUUCCAUGGCUCCACCGGCACCGGCAAAACCUACGUGAGCUCCAUGCUCAUCCGCUACCUGUUCCAGGGAGGGCUGCGCAGCCCCUACGUGCACCAGUUCUCUCCGAUCGUGCACUUCCCCCAUGCUGAGCACAUAGAGCAGUACAAGGAAAGCCUGAAGCACUGGAUCCAAGGGAACCUGACGCGCUGUGGGCGCUCAGCCUUCCUCUUUGACGAGAUGGACAAGAUGCACCCAGGCUUAAUCGACGUGAUCCUGCCCUUCCUGGGACCCUCGUGGGUUGUGUACGGGACCAACUACCGCAAAGCCAUCUUCAUCUUCAUAAGCAACGCAGGAGGGGAGCAGAUCAAUGCAAUGACACUGGACCUGUGGCAAGCCCGCAAGGACCGGGAGGAGAUCAGCCUGCAGGACCUGGAGCCGGCCGUCUCCAGAGCCGUGUUUGACAACCCUCACAGUGGAUUCUGGAAAUCUGGGAUCAUCAAUGAAAGUCUCAUUGAUUUUGUUGUGCCCUUCCUCCCACUGAAGCACCACCACGUGAAGCAGUGCGUGGUCAGUGAACUGGUGCAACAAGGCCUCGAAGUGCGCCCAGGUGUUGUGCAGGAGGUGGCUGACAGCAUUCCCUACUUCCCAGAAGAGGAGAAAAUAUUCUCAUCGACAGGCUGCAAAACAGUGGCCUCUCGGAUCAGCUUUUUCUUGUAGUCAUUGGUGAUCUUGCUCAGAGCCAUAGGGAAUGGCUGCAGAGCUGCAAAGCAGCAGAGCCCGGGGCUGGUGGGAUGAGCAGUGGGAGCUCCAUGUUCCCUCCUGGCAUUCUCCUCCCAAACUCAUCCUUCCAGCCCUGAGGAUGCAGCUGUGGGACCAAGCUAUGUGAUUUAAAGCACUUUACUGGUGUACCCUUGCCCAGGUGAGGGUGGAUCCAUCACCCAAGACAUCUGUGACAACAAGGGGAUGAUGCUAAGAGGGUCUGCAGUGUCAGGGAGGUUUGUGCCCCUACCAGCAGCACCCACUUGCAGCUCUCCCCUCUCCUGGCAGCUAUUGAUGCCCAGCACAGCAAGAUUCUGAGCCCAUGGAAGAGUAUCUCUUUCCUACAGCAUUUUAACAGGCUUUAAAACCCUCUUAAGGGUGGCUGUGCCUCAGCUCUGUGGUACAACGUGACAGAGCUGACUCCUGCAGCACUGCCUGUGAACACCUUCAGCAUUGCAGCAACGGUUUCUUGUCAAGGAAGCUUUAGAGCCAGCUUCUUUCCAGCUUCCUUUCACUGUGAAGGGUGCUGGUAGGGGCCAGCUUCACCAUCCACAAGCGUGAGGGUGGAUGUGGGAGAUGGCAACACCCCCUUGUCCAUCUUUCCCCUAAGGUGCAACAGUUUUCCCUGCAGCAAAGCAGGACAACAACAACAAAGACUUCUCACUUGCUUUACCAGCUAUGGAAACUUCAGUCCUACCUCCAGGGAAGCCCAUGGUGCCAGUAAAGGCUUUGAAAAUCACUUUUAUUCAGUGAUGAUUUGUACAGCAGGCCGAGAGCUGGUGCUGGGAGCUGCUGAGCCUCUUGCACACCCUUCUGCUGGUCAGAUCUUGCAGGUUUUGGCUGGGUCAGUGCCCACUCUCCAGCAGGGGACCUGGGGACAAAAUAGAGAGGAUGAUCAGUGCUCCAUGCUGCAGAGCAUGGGAUGCACAGCACCACUGGCCUUUCACCGGGUUUUAAUCCACUCUGUGCAGUCAGUUAUGGGAGAAGAGGUCAGAGGAGCUGGAAUCUUUCACUGAGAAAAAACUACCCAAGGGAUAGGGAUGGGGACAGGGACACUUCCCAGUGUUCUGCUCAGGCCCUGCACUGCAGUGAGCUGCCAGCAGCUGGGACCAUUCCAGCUCCUGGGACAGUGAUUUUAGACAUCACCCGAACGCUGCCCGAGAGCUGGUGGUUUAGAUGGCACCAGAAUUCUGCCUCUUCCAGAGCUGUUACCAACUUCUAUUUUUAAAAUAGAAUCUUUUAUGAAAUAA